UUUGCUUUGAGACUAUAAACCCAACACCAAUUAGCAUCUAUUUCAGAGUAGAUUCACUUUCGUAAAAUGAAAAUCCUUGUUUUCCUCUUUUCGCUUCACACCGUAGGUUUUUGUCUCGUUUGCUACUCAACGAAUCUUGUCGGAUUACGAUCAGGCCAAUUCCGAACAAAUCUGCAAAAUUGCGAGACCAACUUUAAAAGUUUGCUAAUAAUGCAAGGAAUGGGCAAAGCAACUUUACAAAUUACGCAAAACCUUAACUACAGUUGUUACAAAAUUGUUACACCUUCAGGAAGCAAGCGAACCUCAAUUAGAGGAUGUGUCCCCCGAGGGGGAUGUAAUUUGGCUAAAAAUGCUGUUAAUCACAUGAACGAAAACAACUACAGGUUGGGUAAUUACGACGAUUUUAAUUGCUUUGAGUGUUAUGAAGAUAGGUGUAAUGUGGGUGUGGCAAAACAGUCGUUUGGGUGUGUUAUUUUAAUUGUAACAUUGCUUGUUUCAGUGUUUUGAAUAAAAAAAGUGUUCAACAACAA